AGAAACGAGAACAAAACGAGGGAAAACAGCGAGCGAGCAGAGCAGAGCAGGGCCCGGCGUUUACUUGACUCGAAAGUCUUCCUCGCCGUCGUCAACCCGCCGCCCUCCCGCCGAGCGUGACUCCCGCUCGCCGACCGCUCCGGCCAUCGCUCCGUGCUCGGCGACUCGUAGGGAUCCUCGCGCCUCCGCUUUCAUCAUCAUCAGCCGCCGAUGAAAUCCGAAAAUCUUUGAAAAAGUCGGAGAUUCGGGAUCCAUUUGGUUUCGCCGCCGAGAAACUCACCCGCGGCCGCUUCCUUACGUCGGACAUGGAGGGAGACAGGCGCCCGGGCCAGCGGGACGGCGAGUUCGGAUUGGGCGCGAGCGAUCGCCGGCUCGCCUACUCCCGCCAGCCCUCGUUCCGCCAGCCCUGGGAGCCCCACACCCCGAUCUCCGUCCGCCGCGACGAUCCGGCGGGGCCCCCCCUGCUCUCGCGGAGCGCGUUGAGCGUCGAUAUCCCCGCGGGGUUCCGCUCGUUGGCCGGGGAGGGCGAGGGCGAGGUCGGAGGAGAUGGGGGGAAGGGGUCGAGCAGGCAGACGGGCCCGUUGCUUUCGGUGGUGUCCUUCUUCGGCGCCGCGAGGUCCGGGAAUAGGUACAUGAAGAGGCUGUUCUGGUUGAUUUCGCUGAACGUGGCGUAUUCGACGGCCGAAUUGGCUAUCGGCCUCUUCACGGGCCGCAUAGGUUUGGUUUCCGAUGCAUUUCAUCUGACGUUUGGCUGUGGACUCUUGACCUUUUCGUUGUUUGCAAUGGCCGCAUCUCGGAAGAAGCCUGACCGAUACUACACUUACGGGUACAAGAGGCUAGAAGUUUUGUCUGCAUUUACUAAUGCCCUCUUUCUUUUGUUCAUGUCAUUUUCCCUUGCUGUGGAAGCCCUUCAUGCCUUCAUCCAAGACGAAUCUGAGCACAAGCACUACUUGAUAGUUUCAGCUGUUACCAACUUAUCAGUGAAUCUUAUUGGCGUUUGGUUUUUCAGGAACUAUGCUCGUAUUAAUAUAGUGUAUAGAAAAGCUGAAGACAUGAAUUACCACUCAGUUUGCCUGCACGUUCUUGCAGAUUCCAUUCGCAGUGCAGGUUUGAUACUUGCAUCCUGGCUAUUGUCCAUUGGGGUUCAGAAUGCAGAGGUUUUGUGUUUGGGACUAGUUUCAGUGGCAGUCUUUAUGCUUGUUAUGCCACUCUUUAAAGCAAGUGGGGGUAUAUUGCUCCAAAUGGCUCCACCUAGUAUGCCAACUACAGCAUUGAGCAAAUGCUGCAGACAGAUUACAGCUCGAGAAGAUGUAAAAGAGAUAUCUCAGGCUCGGUUGUGGGAAUUAGUUCCUGGCCAUGUGAUUGGCUCACUUUCGGUACAGGUGAAGGAUGGCAUGAGUGACCAAUCAUUAAUCCAGUUUGUCCAUGGUUUAUAUCAUGAUUUGGGUAUCCAAGACUUGACAGUGCAAGUUGAUGAUGUCUGAGCUGAUCUUUUUGUUGCUUUAUUCAACAGUUAGUAUUUGAGACUGCAUUACAUAGAUCUGCUUUACAUGGAUCUGCAUUACAUGAUCUGCUUUUGAGCUUGUCAUCAAUGACGGCUGGAUAGUUGUACUGUUACAGUGGUAUCUAAUUCUUUACCGUUAAGAGUGGCCCUUCCAGUCAUCCGAGUCAAGUCUUUAAUGCCUGAUCCUUUUGUAAUGAAGUUACUGGAGGGAGAAUUACGAGAAACUUGAUCUACUUGUGUUCUCUUGAUGCAACCGAUCAUUUGCGUAAGAUGCAAAUGUUUUCCUUGAUGAGGUUGUGAAUCCCUGGUCUGAUGUUUUUGACACGGGCUGCAAUAAAUUGAUAUACUUUGAGAA